GGUCCUGUGUCCAUAGGGGACGCCAGGAUAGAGGCUGGGGGGCCAUGCCCUUGAAGGAUACCAAGGUAUGGGGCCCAAGCUGGGCCGGGCAGGAUGCCCACCGCAGCCCAGGGCCGCCACUGCCUGCCGACUGCCUUGCAGGUGGAGCCGCGGACCCUGGCCAUGCUCCGUGGGCUUCUGCGACAGCUCCACGCCGCCUGCGCCCGCCUGGUCUCCAGCGCCCGGGCACUGCCCGGCAGCGUGCAGGAGACAGCCGGGCAGGUCCAGCACGUCGUGGAGGACGUGCAGGCCUCCCUCUCCCGCGUCCACACCUUCCAGGAUCUGUCGGGCUUGGUGCUAGCGCAGAGCCAGGAGACGAUGCAGAGGGCGCAGUCGAACAUCGACGAGCUGCUGGAGUACGUGGGGCAGCACGCCCCCGUGCCCUGGCUGGCAGGACCCUUCGCCCCUGCCCUGGUGGAGUACCCGGAGGAUGUCCCCGUGGAGAUGGCCAAGUGGGAGGGCUGUAUCACCGUGGAAGGGACACACCGUGUGCCAGCCGCCCCGCGGUGCUGCAGCUAGCGCUGAGCCGCCAGCGCUGCCGGGCUAGGGCAGCACCCACGGGAGCACCCCCAGCAGCAGCCCCCGAUGCCCACGGGGGACGAGGGGACAAUGGACUCCAUGACCCAGCGUGGGACUCCUCUGAGAAGGGACAGUGGCAUGUGGAGGUCACACCAUGGGCUCAACCCUGCCCGUUGUGGAGUCUGGGGCUCCCUGUGGUGUCCCCAGAGCCAGGGAAUGUUUGGAUUUCUUGUUCUAGAAGCCUCCAAAGCUUGGAAAGAAGAAGAAAACAACUUUUUGGCCUUAAAAUGAGUCACAGCCUCUAGCGCCAGCUGCCACAAGGCCACAGGGUGGUGCCAGGGCUUGGCACAGAGCUGGGGGUGCAGGGUGGCCCUGUGGGGAGGGUUUCACUGGUGAAGU